AUGGACGACGAGCGUAUGGACUUGGAUCCAAGCAUUCGGCGACGAGGUCGUGGGUUUGAUAUGAAUGGCGCGAGUGAGGCAGAGGGUGUCAAGUCGCAGGGGUUUGAACAGCUGGAUGUGGACAUGGACCAGGCCGAUGACGACGCACCUGUAGCAGGGCAUGGCCAUCCGGCACAGUCUAUGGAAGGCUGGGUAGUGGUUGUGUCGAACAUACAUGAAGAGGCCCUAGAAGACGACGUGCUGGAUGUAUUUUCAGAGUACGGCAAAGUGCGUGACCUGCACCUCAACUUGGACCGACGCACCGGCUACGUCAAGGGAUAUGCACUUCUUCAGUACAAGACCAAAGCUGAGGCACAGCGUGCCAUUGAUGCUUGCCAACAGGGGCUGACGCUGCUGGAGCAGGCUCUCGACGCAGACUUUGCCUUUGUGCAGCCACCAGCCAAGACCGACGCAAGAGUCCCUCGGCGCACGACGCGUGAUCGCAGCUUAUCCCCCAUGCGGCAGUAG